ACCGGCCUGGCCGCGGCGGAGCCUACCUGCCGGCGGUGAGGAGAGCGGGGCGCUGGCGGUGACAGGGCUGGGCACGAGAAGGGCCAUGGCUAAUAAAACCACGGAGGCUGGUGACAUCCAUUUCCCUUUUCCCUUCACACCCUAUUCCAUCCAAAAAGACUUCAUGGCAGAGCUGUACCGGGUGUUGGAGACUGGCAAGAUUGGCAUAUUUGAGAGUCCCACUGGCACCGGAAAAUCCUUGAGUCUCAUUUGUGGGGCACUCUCCUGGCUCCGAGACUUUGAGCAGAAGAAGCGUCAAGAGGAGGCACGUCUCCUUGAAGCGGGAACUGCCCUCUUAACUGAUGGGAAAGACCAGUCCUCCCUUCUCUCUGCUUCCCGCCAAGAGAGCGCUGACCCCACUCUGAGGCCUGCUGGAGAGCCCGAUUGGGUCACUCAGUUUGUGCAGAAGAAAGAAGAACGGGAUUUGGUGGACCGACUCAGGGAGGAGCAGGUCAAGAGGAAGAAGCGAGAAGAACGCCUGCAGCAGCUCCGUCACAACGCGCAGCUCAAGUAUGCGGCCAAGCGCGCGAGACAGGAAGAAGAAGAGACGGAGCGUCUCCUCCGCCUCAGCAGGGAGAUGCUGGCAGCGGGAACAGGGGACGAGCAGCUGGAGUCUGGGGAGGAGGAGCUGGUGCUUGCUGAGUACGAGAGCGAUGAGGAGCAAGGAGCAGCUAGCGGAAUAGACGAGGAUGAGGAUGACCUGGAGGAAGAGCAUGUGACUAAGAUUUAUUACUGCAGUCGGACCCACUCCCAGCUGGCCCAGUUUGUGCAUGAAGUGCAGAAGAGCCCCUUUGGCAAGGACACCCGGGUCGUCUCCCUGGGCUCCCGGCAGAACCUUUGUGUAAAUGAAGAUGUGAAAAACCUGGGUUCAGUGCAGCUCAUCAAUGACCGGUGCAUGGAGAUGCAGAGGAGCAAGCAUGGGAGCAAGAGCAGCGCUGAGGGAGAGGAGGUAGAGAAGCCCAAGCGGAGCCGGCGGGAGCAGCGGGCCGCCUGUCCCUUCUACAGCUACGAGCAGCUGCAGCUUCUCCGAGACGAGGUCCUGGUGGAAGUGAAGGACAUCGAGCAGUUGGUGACCCUAGGGAAGGAGGCCCGCGCCUGCCCCUACUAUGGGAGCCGGCUUGCCAUCCCAGCAGCCCAGCUGGUGGUGCUGCCCUACCAGAUGCUGCUGCAUGCGGCCACCCGGCAGGCGGCGGGCAUCCGGCUGCGGGGCCAGGUGGUGAUCAUCGACGAGGCACACAACCUGAUUGACACCAUCACCGGCAUCCACAGCACCGAGGUCAGCGGUUCCCAGCUCUGCCAGGCCCAUUCUCAGCUGCUCCAGUACAUGGAACGAUACGGGAAGCGUUUGAAGGCCAAGAACCUGAUGUACAUCAAACAGAUCCUGUAUCUGCUGGAGAAGUUUGUGGCUGUGCUAGGUGGCAAUAUAAAGCAAAACCCCAACACACAGAACCUGUCGCAGGCAGGGACGGAGCUGAAGACCAUCAAUGACUUUCUCUUUCAAAGCCAGAUUGACAACAUCAACCUGUUCAAGGUGCGGCGCUACUGUGAAAAGAGCAUGAUCAGCAGGAAGCUCUUUGGCUUCACGGACAGGUACGGGACAGUCCUGUCCUCCAGGGAGCAGCCCAGGCUGGCCGGAUUUCAGCACUUCCUACAGAGCCUGCAACCUGGGGCGACUGCAGCUCCUGCGGCCCCUGCAGAGGAGGGGGAGCCCUCGGCGCCACGGCCUGCUUCCCCGCUGAUGCACAUCGAAGGCUUCCUAGCCGCGCUCACGACCGCCAGCCAGGACGGCAGGGUCAUCCUGAGCCACCAAGGCACCCUCAGUCAGAGCAGCCUCAAAUUCCUGCUCCUGAACCCCGCAGUGCACUUUGCGCAGGUGGUGCAGGAAUGCCGGGCGGUGGUCAUCGCGGGGGGCACCAUGCAGCCGGUGUCUGACUUUCGGGACCAGCUGCUGGCGUGUGCUGGGGUGCAAGCCGAGCGAGUGGUGGAGUUCUCUUGCGGUCACGUGAUCCCUCCGAACAACAUCCUGCCCCUCGUCCUCACCUGUGGACCCUCCAACCAGCAGCUGGAGUUCACGUACCAGAAGAGAGCGCUGCCUCAGAUGAUGCAUGAGGUGGGCCGCGUGCUCUGUAACCUGUGCACUGUGAUCCCUGGAGGGGUCGUCUGCUUCUUCCCCUCUUACGACUACCUACUCCAAGUGCAUGCCCAGUGGGAGAAGAGUGGCCUGUUGGGCAGCAUGGCUGUCAGGAAGAAGAUAUUUCAGGAACCCAAGAGGGCAAAUCAGGUGGAGCAGGUGUUGGCGCAGUAUUCCAAGUGCAUUAAGAGCUGCGGCCAGCAGCCAGGCAAGAUGACAGGGGCACUGCUGCUCUCUGUCGUCGGCGGGAAGAUGAGUGAAGGCAUCAACUUCUCCGACAGCCUCGGCCGGUGUGUGGUUAUGGUGGGCAUGCCCUACCCCAACAUCAAGUCUCCAGAGCUACAGGAGAAGAUGGCCUACCUGGACCGGACCCUUCCUAGAGCCCCAGGGCAGGCCUGCCCGGGGAAGUCCUUGGUGGAGAAUCUCUGUAUGAAGGCCGUCAACCAAUCUAUAGGCAGGGCCAUCAGGCACCAGGCAGAUUUCGCCAGCAUAGUGCUACUGGACCACCGCUACACCCGCCCACAGAUCCUGGCAAAGCUCCCAGCCUGGAUCCGAAACUGCACGCAGGUCAAAGUCAACUUCGGCCACGCCAUUGCUGCCAUACGGAAGGUGGGUCCUGCUGCCACUGCCCCGAGGGCCCUGGCCCAAGAUCUGGUGUCCCACCACCUUUCCCUGUCUCCUCAGUUCCACCGUGAGAAGUCUGCGGCUUCCUGACUGCGCACCACUCCCAGGCGGCGCCUCCACUCUGCCCGGUUGAAACAUUUGCCCCUUCUGGAAACCAUGGGCUGCCAGGACCCAGGUUAAUUGUGGGAAAAGCCUAUCUGAGAAAAGAUGGGCACCCUUGGGCUCAUCUCAGGGUGCUCCCCUCCCUGAAGGGUGUGAGUCUUUGUGGGCAGUGCUGGCAGCUGCAGCCAUCUCUCCUUGUUGAGUUUCUCAGUACUGGGCUGCUAAGAGGUGAAACAGGUCCAUCCUGCCUCCCUUUUCUCCCCUUUUGUAGCUAAAAUUGAAAAUAAGAAUGCUCUCAUUUCCAGCUUCUGGUGUCUGUGGCGCUCUUAGGCCCAGGGGCGUAUCACCUCACCUACCUCUAAAUCAGGAACUGCAGCCUGGCCUCCUCCUCCCUCCCUCCUCAGCCACUUGAGCAGACUCAAGUCACCUCCUCCCUUGACAUCAGCAAUUAUACCAAGGGCCAUUUAGGCACUCAGCAGACUAUUUUUAGAGACCCUGUGUCUGUCGCUAGGACAGUUUUUCCUGUGUGAAAGUAUCCUCCCCUUACCUACAGCAGCUGUCCCUGGUGACUCACCUCUCUCCCUGACCCAGGGAAGGGGCCUUGGUCUGCUCGGUAUUCUGUUCCCAGGGAGGGCAAGACCUGGCUUCGAGGAGACUUGCUGCUGAAUGAAAGUGCUCUGUUGAUGUGUGCUCA